CCGUCAAAAUCCCUCCAAUCGAAAGUUACCUAACGGUCCGAAGUCCGAACAUUGUGCGGCAUAACAAACUGGACUUUUACAGUUGUCCUUGACUUGUUCAAACUUCAGCACUUUUUAUCUAUACUUAUAUAAUUUAAGAUGCCCUGUCAUCCUGAUAGAAAACCUUGGAGUUCGUCUCGAAUGUGCUUGCCGCUAUGAAACUAGAACGAGUUCAAGCGCUCGUCAGUCAUUUAUUCAUCGCAACAAGAUGCCACGCUUUUUCCAAGGUCCUCGUUGCAAAAACGCAAUUGGACUUGAUGGCAAAAUUGCCGUGAUCACGGGAGCCAAUACGGGCAUCGGCAAAGAGACGGCACGUGAACUCAGCAAAAGAGGAGCUGAAGUGGUUCUCGCUUGUCGUGACCUGAACAAAGCCGAAGAAGCUGCAGACGAGAUUGCGAAGGAGACGGGCAAUAAAGUCACGACUUUGAAAUUGAAUUUAGCUUCUCUGAAAUCGAUUCGCGCUGCCGCUGAGGAGCUCAGGGCCCGUCAUCCCCAAAUUCAUAUUCUCAUCAACAAUGCAGGAAUUAUGACGUGCCCCCAAUGGAAGACGGACGACGGUUUUGAGAUGCAAUUUGGCGUCAACCAUUUGGGAUCUUUUCUAUGGACUCUUCUUCUGAUAGACAACAUCAAACAAGCUGCACCUUCUCGCAUUGUCAAUCUUUCUUCUCUCGCCCACACUAGAGGUAAGAUUUAUUUCGACGACCUGAUGUUGGCGAAAAAUUACACGCCAGUACGAGCAUACUGCCAAAGCAAGUUGGCAAAUGUCCUUUUCACACAGGAACUCGCUAGACGACUCGAAGGAACUGGCGUAUCCGUUUUUGCCGUACAUCCAGGCGCGGUACAAACGGAACUGGCGCGCCACAUUAACGAAUCGAUGAACUCGUGCGUUGAUGGCACUCUUCAUUUUGUUAGUCGUUACGUCUUUAAGACGCCAGAGAUGGGAGCCCAAACGAGUAUUUACUGUGCCACAGAGGAAUCUUUGACAGAACUGAGUGGACAUUAUUUUAGUGACUGUGCUAAGAAGAAACCUGCGAAGCAAGCUAAUGAUAAAAAAGCAGCCGAGCGCUUGUGGAAAAUGAGCGAAGAAUUAGUUGGUCUCAAUUCUUUUAAUAACCCAUCGGAGUAGUUGAUCAAACUAGCAACAUUUUAAAAACUGCUUAAGUAUCAUUUUGAACGUUCUUGUAUAUUCGACGAAGAAUUAAAUUGAAUGAAAAUACUUCAGAAAAAUCAAA